AUGCGAUGACGUAAACAGGAUUUGUUGCUCAGCCUCGCUUUGGACCACAGCUUUAGGGCUGGGUCUACAGUUUCUGUGAGCUAGUUUUAUAGUCGUCACUAACAGGUAUGACCUUAGUAGAGAACUUCGCUGUUUCUGUAUCAUGUGAAACGAUCACUUUGCAUCCACCAAACUGUUGGCGCAUUCGUUUUCGCUGAGUACGCAAACACAAACGCACAGACACUACAAGCUGCUAAUGACCACAGAGUUUGCUAGGACGAAGCCGGGCCAUCAAAACGUAACGAAAUAACGACAGGUUUUCCUGAGGAUUUUGUUCGCUAGCUGACAACAAACCAGGCAUGGACGACAAGUCGUUAACCAAGGAGCUGGACGGAUGGAUUGAACAACUGAAUGAAUGCAAGCAGCUAACAGAGAAUCAGGUCAAAGUCCUAUGCGAAAAGGCUAAGGAGAUCUUGACAAAGGAGUCCAAUGUGCAGCAGGUGAGAUGUCCAGUAACAGUCUGCGGAGAUGUCCAUGGCCAGUUCCAUGACCUAAUGGAGCUGUUUAAGAUCGGAGGGAAGUCCCCAGACACCAACUACCUCUUUAUGGGAGACUAUGUUGACAGAGGCUACUAUUCUGUGGAGACAGUCAGUCUUCUGGUUUCACUGAAGGUAAGAUUUCCUGAAAGAAUCACAAUUCUCAGAGGGAACCAUGAAAGCAGACAGAUCACACAAGUGUAUGGCUUCUAUGAUGAGUGCUUGAGGAAAUAUGGAAAUGCCAAUGUUUGGAAGUACUUCACAGAUCUGUUUGACUAUCUACCCCUCACUGCGCUUGUAGAUAACCAGAUUUUCUGCCUCCAUGGAGGACUGUCCCCUUCAAUAGAUACACUGGAACACAUCAGAGCGCUGGAUCGCUUACAGGAGGUUCCUCAUGAGGGGCCCAUGUGUGACUUGUUAUGGUCAGACCCAGAUGACCGUGGUGGUUGGGGCAUCUCACCCCGUGGGGCUGGUUACACCUUCGGGCAGGAUAUUUCUGAGACUUUCAACCAUGCAAACGGCCUAACUUUGGUCUCGAGAGCCCACCAGCUGGUGAUGGAGGGUUAUAAUUGGUGCCAUGACCGCAAUGUAGUGACAGUCUUCAGUGCACCAAACUAUUGUUACCGAUGUGGAAACCAGGCAGCAAUCAUGGAACUUGAUGAUACGUUGAAAUACUCUUUCCUACAGUUUGACCCUGCACCACGCAGAGGAGAGCCCCAUGUGACUCGGCAUACUCCAGACUAUUUCCUGUAAAGAUCACUGGCGACGAUGGCGAUGGGUUACACCGAUGCUUGAGAAAUGAAGCAUUCAUAAUCCCAUGGACCAAAAGAAGUCUGUGCCAUAGUCACAGUUAAACUGAAACCAUCACAUCUAGCUAAAACUACUACUGUCCUUUCAAAUCUUUCCUCUCUGUGCAUGAUGUUUUUAUUGCUAGAAACGACUGCUACCAUCACAACACCUGGGCCUAGAUGUAUAAACAAUGUGUAUACACAGAAACCGUGGGUAUGCCUUUUCCCCACAUAUACAGGGGUAUGCAUAAACACAGACUGUCCUGGAAGAAUGUGUGCACCUCGUUUCAGACCAUGCGUACACAUGAUUUGAGUAGGUGUAAUAUGAUGAAGUGGAAAUAAAAGAUAGGGUGAGACAGCCCAUUGUAAACAGCUUGCAUUGUUUUAGCUGUUUGCCUACACUGAUCAGCCUUAAUGUUAUUGACUCCAUAGAUACUUUAUUGAUCCUGAGGGAAAUUCAGGUAUCCAGAAGCAGCAGCACUAAUUAUAAGAAUCACAGCACGCCAAAAUAAAUGCAUAAAAGUGUAAAACAGAAAUGCAAAAAAUAUGAAAAGUAUAAAAGUAUGAGUAUACAAAUCUUAAAACUAUAUAAAUAUUGAGUAAUGUGAUUUGUUUAAGGGAACUUUACUUUUUCACAGGACUGUCGCCUACUAUACUGUCAAACUUGUACAUAGAGUCGUGUGUGUGUGUGUGGGGGGGAGGAUCCUGCAAAGUUUUGCCAGUUAUUGAUUUAUUGUUUAUGUAUCAAUGCUGCCAACAUGUCAGAGCAUCAGCGGAUGUAGUGUUCAGUCCUCUGCUCAAAGUAAAA